AUGUGGACCGCCGAUGAGAUUUCCCAGCUGUGCUACCAGCGCUUCAGCGAGUUGCCCAAAAGAGGAAAGCCCGAGCCGGGCAGAGAGUGGACGCUUUUGGCAGCCGUAGUAAAAUGUUCAGUGUCCCGGAAUCAAGAGAAAGGUGAAAUAUAAAUGCAUGUCGUUAGCCAUGUUUCAUCCCCUUCAAUUCAUGUUAAUAAAAAAUAUCGUACUUGAUUGAUUUUCUACCAUAGUGAAUGUCAGUAAAAUAAAGACUGUUUUAUCUCCUCCACAGUUGAGAAGGAGGUAGUUUCAUUGGGAACUGGCACCAAGUGUAUUGGGCACUCAGCCAUGAGCUCAAAGGGUUGGUAUACCUACACAGCCCCACACAUACACACUUUUUCUUACACACACAUGCUCUCUCUCUCUCACACACACACAAGGCAUAAACACGUAGUGGCUCACUCACUUUCUCAUCCCAUCAGGAGAUGUGCUCAAUGACAGCCAUGCAGAAGUCAUUGCCAGGAGGGGUUGCAUUAGGUGAGAGCGUGUCAUGCAUGAGAGUGAGACGUGUGAGUGACAUUUGUUUGUGUGUAUGUAUGUUUUUACCCAUAAUAACAUAAGCCUACUUUGUUUGUGCAGGUAUCUGACUGAGCAGCUGCGGAUGGCAGUAUGUGGGCAGGGCAGCACAGUGUUCUGUCAGGGAGAGGAGAGGGGAAAGUGGAAGGUGCAGUCAGGGGUGUCAUUCCUGUUCUUCACCAGUCACACACCAUGUGAGUUUGUUGUUUGACAUUUUUUUGUUCAUGAGAACUAUAGGCCCUAUAGUCCCAGUCAGUAUUAAAGUCCAGGUAGCAUAUAAUGGACCCUAUCAGAUAUUUAUGUAGUUUGUUCAGUGUAUUUAAGCAAUAAGGCCCAAGGGGGUGUGGUAUAUGGCCAAUAUACCACAGCUAAGGGCUGUUCUUAGGCACGACGCAAAGGGGAGUGCCUGGAUACAGCCAUUAGCCGUGGUAAAUUGGCCAUAUACCACAAACCCCAGAGGUGCCUUAUUGCUAUUUUAAACUGGUUACCAACGUAAUUAGAGCUGUAAAAAUAAAUGUUUUGUCAUACCUGUGCUAUACGGUCUGAUAUACCACGGCUGUCAGCCAAUCAGCAUUCAGGGUUCGAACCACCCAGUUUAUAAUUAAGCAAUAAGACCCAAGGAAGUGUGAUAUAUGGCCAAUUAUACCACGGCUAAGGGCUGUUCUUAAGCACGACGCAACGCGGAGUGCCUGGAUACAGCCAUUAGCCAUGGUAUAUUGGCCAUAUACCACAAACCCCCGAGGUGCCUUAUUGCAAUUAUAAACUGAUUUUCAAUGUAAUUAGAACAGUAAACAAAAUAUAUAUAUAUAUAAUCCUACCUGUGGUAUAUACCUGAUAUACCACGGCUUUCAGCCAAUCAGCAUUCAGGGCUCAAACCACCCAGUUUAUAAUAACUAAUAUACAUGGGUUCUAACUUGAAAAAUGAUUUGUUAGUUGACAAUUCAUGCUAACCGCAUAUAAAAACCACAAAGACAGCCAGAAAGGCCCGAACGCAAGAUCGUAAUUUUGAUGACUCACACGGCGAGCCUACUGUAGCCUACUUACUGUACAUGGUAAGCUGGUGCACACCAAGUUGUACUUCACGUUUUAGUAUGGAAAACGGCUGUGAGGAUUUUUCUACAAUAUUCACAAAGACUCCAACCACCCUAGUCAUAGACUGUUCUCUCUGCUACCGCACGGCAAGCGGUACCGGAGUGCCAAGUCUAGGUCCAAAAGACUUCUCAACAGCUUCUACCCCCAAGCCAUAAGACACCUGAACAGCUAAUCAUGGCUACCCAGACUAUUUGCACAACCCCCCACCCCACCUUUUUACGCUGCUGCUACUCUGUUAAUUAUUUAUGCAUAGUCACUUUAACUCUACCCACAUGUACAUAUUACUUCAACUACCUCAACUAGCCGGUGCCCCCGCACAUUGAUUCUGCACCGGUACCCCCCUGUAUAUAUAGCCUCCCUACUGUUAUUUUAUUUGACUUCUGCUCUAUUUUUUUCUCAACACUUUUUUGUUGUUUUAUUCUACUUUUUUAUUAAAAAUAAAUGCACUGUUGGUUAAGGGCUGUAAGUAAGCAUUUCACUGUAAUACCUGUUGUAUUCGGCGCAUGUGGCCAAUAAAAUUUGAUUUGAUUUGACACAAUUACAAUCUUUAUAGAAUAACAAUUUAAUCAAUUACAUGUUAUGAGUGAACAUUAUCAAGCCAGCAGCAGAUGAAACAGAAAGUGAAUUAUCUCCUCCCUAUCUCCCCGGUUUUAGCUUGUGGCUAUCACUGUCUACAUGGCUAGCUUUAGGAUAUUUACUAGCCCAUACCAGUGACAAACUUGGCUAUGUUAUCGACAUAUGGCAGUACACAAACAAAAUCUAGCUCACUUAUUUUGCCAGCUAGAAAGGAAACAGACACAAAUUAAUUCAGAAACGGAUAACUAGCUCCCCCGGCGCCACGGACACCAUAGAACGAGCCAUCCACACACACAGAGAGCCCAAGUGCAGACAGCCAGCGGCUUCCAAAACACAGCUCAUGCAGCAAGCCCCAGAAAUAAACUUUCCCAUUGAGUAAAAUCCACAAUCCACCCCUCUAAAGAAAACCUGGCUCCUUUCUCCGAAAUGCCACCAGAUCAAUGAUCGAAUACAUGACUGAAGCAUUGCAUUUCGGUUUAGCCCGCCAUCUCACACAUAGACACACACAGUUUUGGCCCCAGCCACAGGGAUCUAUACAGAAACAUUGACCUCCAUCGCGACCAAAUCUACUCUUUUUCCAUAGGCUUGUCCUAUGUAUAGCUCUCAAACUCAAUUCUGGACCUCGAAGCCAGUUCUACUGCUUUUUUAAAAUUGUUCCCCUCUAAUCAGGGAUUUAGACCUUGGACACCAGGUGGGUGCAAUUGAGUAUCAAGUACCACAGAAAACCAGCAGGUUCCGGACCUCAUAGGGUAAGAGUUGAAUACCCUGAUCUAUAGUAUGACAGCACCAGCAGUUAGCUACCAAGAGCUGGCAGACAUGUUAAUUUGGUUACUUUAGCGUUAGUCAGUGUUAUUUAGAUGGAAGACAUGAGCUCUAUAACGUUAGCAUAGAGGUAGUAAGCUAGCUCUUUCACUUCCCCGGUGAAGCCCUGAUAAUGCUUUGUCUGCUGGUGCUGCUGGCUGUUUGUGAUACUUUAUAUGCCACGUUGUUGGUAGUGACAGCAUCCACUUUGAAAGCAACAUUUUGCUGAAGCCCUCCUUCCAUUGUUGAUAGCCGUGGAAGUUCUCAAGGAUGAAAUGUGCCCCGCAGAUUGACGAGCAGAUGCCCCAUUCGCCCGCCUCAUUCUCACAAAUGUAUCCCACUUUUUACAGAGUGUUUCAUUUGCAUGGCCAUAGAGGCAUACAGACAUUUGCAUCACAAGUGUUGCUACACCCUGCUACCACACAAAGCUUGGCCAUCUUGAUUAAUAAAAAUGCAAUUGCAAGCUAGGUGGUGGGCCGAAACCGGAAAACAUGAAGUUGAUCGAUCCCCGUCGAGGGAGGAGCUGAUUUUUUUUGGUAUAUGACAGUAAAACAUUCUUACGAUGACUAUAAAAUGUGUUGGUACCUUCAAUUCUUGCACAUUUUCUCAUAAAAAGUAUAUUUCAACACUGUCUGCUCAGGCAAAUUUGACGAACUGCUAAACUUGCAACCAAUCAGAACUCCCGUACAUACCCCUAUUGAUGAAGGCAGCCAAUGACCUGUGUCUAUCUACGAUGAAAGAACAGCCUCUUAGAUUUAGCCGGUGGUAACUUGUGGAAUAGACACCGGCUGGAAUGCGGUAGAAAUACAUUUUAUUUUUUACCCGUCAGUAUAUACAGUUGAAGUCGGAAGUUUACAUACACCUUAGCCAAAUACAUUUAAACUCAGUUUUUCACAAUUCCUGACAUUUAAUCCUAGUAAAUAUUCCCUGUAUUAGGUCAGUUAGGAUCACCACUUUAUUUUAAGAAUGUGAAAUGUCAGAAUAAUAGUAGAGUGAUUUAUUUCAGCUUUUAUUUAUUUAAUCACAUUCCCAAUGGAUCAGAAGUUUACAUACACUCAAUUAGUAUUUGGUAGCAUUGCCUUUAAAUUGUUUAACUUGGGUCAAACAUUUUGGGUAGCCUUCCACAAGCUUCCCACAAUAAGUUGGGUGAAUUUUGGCCCAUUCCUCCUCACAGAGCUGGUGCAACUGAGUCAGGUUUGUAGGCCUCCUUGCUCGCACACGCUUUUUCAGUUCUGCCCACACAUUUUCUAUAGGAUUGAGGAAAGGGCUUUGUGAUGGCCACUCCAAUACCUUGACUUUGUUGUCCUUAAGCCAUUUUGCCACAACUUUGGAAGUAUGCUUGGGGUCAUUGUCCAUUUGGAAGACCCAUUUGCGACCAAGCUUUAACUUCCUGACUGAUGUCUUGAGAUGUUGUUUCAAUAUAUCCACAUAAUUUUCCUUCCUCAUGAUGCCAUCUAUUUUGUGAAGUGCACCAGUCCCUCCUGCAGCAAAGCACCCCCACAGCAUGAUGCUGCCACCCCUGUGCUUCACGGUUGGGAUGGUGUUCUUCGGCUUGCAAGCAUCCCCAUUUUUCCUCCAAACAUAACGAUGGUCAUUAUGGCCAAACAGUUAUAUUUUUGUUUCAUCAGACCAGAGGACAUUUCUCCAAAAAGUAAAAUGUUUGUCCCCAUGUGCAGUUGCUUGCUGAGCGGCCUUUCAGGUUAUGUCAAUAUAGGACUCGUUUUACUGUGGAUAUAGAUACUUUUGUACCUGUUUCCUCCAGCAUCUUCACAUGGUCCUUUGCUGUUGUUCUGGGAUUGAUUUGCACUUUUCGCACCAAAGUACGUUCAUUUAUAGGAGACAGAACGCGUCUCCUUUCUGAGCGGUAUGACGGCUGCGUGGUCCCAUGGUGUUUAUACUUGCGUACUAUUGUUUGUACAGGUGAACGUGGUACCUUCAGGCGUUUGGAAAUUGCUCUCAAGGAUGAACCAGACUUGUGGAGGUAUACCAUUUUUUUUGGAGGUCUUGGCUGAUUUCUUUUGAUUUUCCCAUGAUCUCAAGCAAAGAGGCACUGAGUUUGAAGGUAGGCCUUGAAAUACAUCCACAGGUACACCUCCAAUUGACUCAAAUUAUGUAAAUUAGCCUAUCAGAAGCUUCUAAAGCCAUGACAUCAUUUUCUGGAAUUUUCCAAGCUGUUUAAAGGCACAGUCAACUUAGUGUGUGUAAACUUCUGACCCACUGGAAUUGUGAUACAGUGAAUUAUAUGUGAAAUAAUCUGUCUGUAAACAAUUGUUCUGAAAAAUGACUUGUGUCAUGCACAAAGUAGAUGUCCUAACCGACUUGCCAAAACUAUAGUUUGUUAACAAGAAAUAUGUGGAGUGGUUGAAAAACAAGUUUUAAUGACUCCAACCUAAGUGUAUGUAAACUUCCGACUUCAUCUGUAGAUGGGUUGGCUGACAACAUCACAAAAACGAUGUGCUCACUUCCAUGGGGCAGAAGUCCGCCUGUUGUGAUACUGGAUGGUCAGAUUCCUAGCAAGAAUUACAAGAAACUGCCAUGUAGGGAAUCGCAAGUGGCUCGUUUCAGCUUGUUUCAUCUUGUUUUUGAUACCAUGUCUUGUUUUGACUGAUUUCAUGUCAGUGCUAUGGCAAAAAUUCGAUAGCUAGCUGACCAACAACUGUAACGAUGUAUAUGAGAGACAAAAAGUGGUCAUUGUGCUAAUGUAUUUAUGUUUUCAAUAAACAUUGGUGACAAAAUAUAGCUCACAUGUUGUCAACAAUGUAAGCCAACAUCUGUUUUGCCCCAUGGUUGCGCGUGCAUCGUUUUUGUUGCUAAACAACCAACCUGUCUAUGAAGGGUGAGCCUCCCUGUGUGACGCUGACUGCGGGGCUUCGUGGGAUUGUUUCCGAAGUUAAAGCUGAUUUGGAGAACACCUCAAACCCAACUUUUAGAACAAUAUUACAGUACUAUACAACAAAGUUUGUAAUUUGGGAACGUUCUCUUGGGGUGCUUUAAGUUACUAUUAUAUGUGUUUCUGGCAUUGAGAAAUAGCUGCUACAUGUCGUUUAAAUAGAAUGUCCUGCCCGCCUGUGGGGAAAACAACCCAUGUUACCUUGGUUACCCUAUUGGCUCAUCUACAAAUCUACAAGUAGUGAGUGGAGUUAAGAACGGACUAUAAUAAAAUAGUUAAAUGUCUUACCAGUGUUUUCCACACCCAUAGCUACGUGUAGCCUACUUGGACACCAUGUCCCCACAAUUUCCCACUCUUUCACACCGAAUAGCCUUAAGCCACAGGGCUCUUCUCGCAGAACCUUUUCUGCAUGUUUUGUUAUUUCUGUAUAACAAAAAAAUCUACGACAACGUUGGCUCUUUUACAAUGAGGGUCAAUGGGAAAAAAAUUUGUUUUCCCCAAUUUCCGACUCUGAGUUAUGUGUUUGCUAGCGUUAAAUAUAUAUAUAUAUAUAUAUACAUACCAGUUUCCUAUGAUAAUUAGAAGUUGUUAGAGCUGAUAUGCUUAAUCAGUAUGUUUCGCUGUUAUGUCUCCAGGCGGAGAUGCCUCCAUCAUUCCCAUGACGACUGACAGCCAAUCCCAACCCUGCCCACCAAUAAGGUCAGAGGAGAUCAUCCCCAAUGGAACCAAUGAAAAAGCAGAAAGAGUAAACCUGAAACGCAGUGCGGAGACACAGACUGAUGGGAUCAAUAAGCGUCUUCGAUUAGAAGAACAGGAGAAGUCAGAGGAUGAGCUAAAGUGUGGUGGGAACCUGGUUGUAAAUCUUACUGACAACCCUGCACAGACUCCUACAGAGAGUCCAAGGCCGGAGGGGGAGAAUGCACUGACCAACAUGGUGUUAAAACAAAGAGACAAUGCUUUGACACAACAGGCUCUGCAGGACAUACACCGGACAGGUGCUAAGUGUGUCCCUGGAGGACCAGAGGAUCCCCUCCAGCCCGGGUUAAGGUACCACAGUACUGGGCUGCUGAGAGUGAAGCCUGGUCGGGGGGAGCCCACUCUGUCUCUCUCCUGCAGUGACAAGCUGGCCAGGUGGGCAGUGUUAGGUUUCCAGGGUGCGCUGCUCUCCCAUUACCUACAGGGGGCAGUCUACUUCAGCGCAAUAGUGGUAGGGAGAUGUCCAUACAGCCAUCAGGCCAUGCAGAGAGCUCUGAUCACCAGGUGAGCUAGCUACUACAUAUGGAAGGGGGGAAGGUAUUAAGGGUUUAGGACUCUGAAAGAGUAUGAAUAAUAGUCCUGUGUAGCUCAGUUGGUAGAGCAUGGUGCUUGCAACGCCAGGGUUGUGGGUUCGAUUCCCACGGGGGGUCAGUAUGAAAAAUGUAUGCACUCACUAACUGUAUGUCGCUCUGGAUAAGAGCGUCUGCUAAAUAACUAAAAUGUAAAUGUAAUGGAAAGUUGAGAGAAGAUGUUAGAAGAUGUUGAAUGUGGAGGUUGGGCUGCUGGGGUAUGAGAAGAGUUUGUUAGUAAAUACAGAGGGUUACAGUUAAGAGGGACACCAAUCUUUAAAUUCCCACCAUGUCGUCAAUGUCCUGCUCGGCCUCUUGGCUGGCAUGUGUUGUUUGUUUCAUGUUUCUGUGACCCGCCAGCUGUGGUUUAGUUGACCACCAUCUCUGGUGGCUCAUCAUGUUACAUGGCUGCUCACUAAGCCCUGGUGGUGUGAACUGUGAAGGAGCAAAGCCUAUAACCUGUUUUUUUAUUUAACCUUUAUUUAACUAGGCAAGUUAACCUUUAUUUAACUAGGCAAGUUAUUUAACUAUAACCUGUUAAUGAUAUAGCUUUGCAAACUGCGUUUUUAUGUCCCAUAUUUGUGUUUUUAUGUUUCUGUUUGGUUGUGUGUGAGACAGAGUAGGGAAACAGAUAGUCAUUAGUGACCCCCUCUGUUUAAACAGAUUUUAGUAUAACUAGAAGUGAUUGGUUCCUCUGUGUUUCUACAGGUGUUCUGAGGUGACAGCCCUGCCUGCUGGCUUCACAGUGCAGCCUCCAGAGCUCCUGCAGUCCAGCCUGGAGUUUGCUCACAGCCAGGCACAGACGGAGCACAAUCAUCAGCCCGGCCAGGGCAGAGUCUCACCUUGUGGCGCAGGUGGGAUUCUUUUUUUUACUCCCCAGUCUGUAGCUACAUUUCUAUUUAAGGCCCAAUGCAGCCUUUUUUUAUAUCAAUAUCAAAAAAUCAUUUCUGGGUAUCAAUUAAGUACCUUAGUGUAAUAGAUUUCCAUUUAAAAUGGGCAAAAAUGACUUUUUAGCAAAAAACUUUCUCAAGCAAGAAUUUUGCUAGGACUGUCUGGGAGUGGUCUGAGUGGGGAGGGGAAAACUGAAAACUAGCUGUUAUUGGUUUGGAACUCUUUGUUAUUGGUCUAUUAACCAAUUUACCGCAUGGUGAUGUCACCAUGGAAAGCUGAAACUCCCGCCCAUGCAAACCUGUUGAUUAAAAGUUCCUGUGUAGAUUGUAUUUCCAAUCAGCAACUAUCAGGAACUAACACUAAUAAAAAAAAUCACACUUUUACAGUGUUAGUUUCAGCUGAUGUACAAUAUGAUAUUAAACACAGGAAAAACAUAAUUUUGACUGCACUGGGAUUAUUAUUAUUUUUUAAAUUUAUAAAUAAUUAAUUUUUCGCAUAGAAAAUAGAUGUGACAAUUGCCUGCUACAGUGCGUUUCCAUUUAACGGUCUUGUGUCGAUUUAAAACAGCUCGACGUAAUGACGUCAACCAUUUUUUAUGUUUUCGCAAAAACCUAGAACGUGGAAUAAAAAUCAUUUCAACGUCAAUAAUUGGGGUUAUAUUUGGUUGAGAUGUUGAGCAACUAGAUUACAACCUAUAUUCACUCGCAAAAGACAGCCAAAAUCUAGUUGAAUUUCCAAUGUGUUAUCAUUAUGCUUUCAACCAUCUAAAAGCACAAUCAAAUUCCAAUGGAAAAUCUAUAUCUGAGUUUUGGUUUAGUUGUCACCUAAAUGUCUAUCACUGCGCUUUCAACCAUUUAAAAGCACAGCAAAGUUCAAAUGGGAAUACAAUGUCAGAUAUUUGGUUUAUUUAUACAACAGAUUGUGUUUAGGGAUAGGCCAUAUACCGGUAUUGAUGCACGGACCGGUUUGGGUUUUUACUUUACCUUCUAUAAUGGUAUUUCAGUGUUUGUUUUGUUAAAUGUGAUAUGCAACUCUGUUGAACAAAAAUAUGAACGCAACAUGCACAUUUCUAAGAUUUUACUGAGUUACAGUUCAUAUUAGUAAAUCAGUCAAUUGAAAUAAAUUCAUUAGGCCCUAAGCUAUGGAUUUCACAUGACUGGGAAUACAGAUAUGCAUCUGUUGGUCACAGAUAGAUUUUUUUAAAAGGUAGGGGCGUAGAUCGUAAAACCAGUCAGUAUCGGGUGUGACCACCAUUUGCCUCAUGCAGCGCGACACAUCUCCUUCGCAUAGAGUUGAUCAGGCUGUUGAUUGUGGCCUGUGGAAUGUUGUCCCACUCCUCUUCAAUGGCUGUGCGAAGUAUUGGCGGGAACUGGAACACGCUGUCAUACACGUUGAUCCAGAGCAUCCAAAUUGGUGACAUUUGUGAGUAUGCAGACCAUGGAAGAAAUGGGACAUUUUCAGCUUCCAGGAAUUGUGUACAGAUCCUUGCGACAUGGGGCCGUGCAUUAUCAUGCUGAAACAUGAGGUGAUGGCGGCGGAUGAAUGGCACGACAAUGGGCCUCAGGAUCUCACCACUGUAUCGCUGUGCAUUCAAAUUGCCAUAGAUAAAAUACAAUUGUGUUUGUUGUCUGUAGUUUAUACCUUCCCAUACCGUAACCCGACCGCCACCAUGGGGCACUCUGUUCACAACGUUGACAUCAGUAAAACGCUCGCUCCCACGACGCCAUCUGCCCGGUACAGUUGAAACCGGGAUUCGUCCGUGAAGAGCACACUUCUCCAACUUGCCAGUGGCCAUCGAAUGUGAGCAUUUGCCCACUGAAGUCGGUUAUGACGCCGAACUGCAGUCAGGUCAAGACCCUGGUGAGGAGGACAAGCACGCAGAUGAGCUUCCCUGAGACGGUUUCUGACAGUCUGGUCAGAAAUUCAUUGGCUGUGCAAACCCAGUUUCAUCAACUGUCCGGGUGGCUCGACUCAGACCAUCCCGCAGGUGAAGAAGCCUGAGGUAGAGUUCCUGGGCUGGCGUGGUUACAUGUGAUCUGCGGUUGUGAGGCUGGUUGGACGUACUGCCAAAUUCUCUAAAACGACGUUGGGAAGGCUUAUGGUAGAGGAAUUCACAUUCAAUUCUCUGGCAACAGUUCUGAUGAACAUUCCUGCAAUCAGCAUGCCAAUUGCACGCUCCUUCAAAACUUGAGACAUCUGUAGCAUUGUGUUGUGUGACACAACCACAUUUUAGUGGCCUUUUAUUGUCCCCAGCACAAGGUGCAUCUGUGUAAUUAUCAUACUGUUUAAUCAGCUUCUUGAUAUGUCACAUCUGUCAGGUGGAUGGAUUGUCUUGGCAAAGGAUAAAUGCUCCCUAACAGGGAUGUAAACACAUUUGUGCACAGCAUUUGAGAGAAAUAAGCUUUUUGUGCAUAUGGAACAUUUCUGGGAUCUUUUAUUUCAGCUCAUGAAACAUGGGACCAACACUUUACAUGUUGCGUUUAUAUUUUUGUUCAGUAUAGUUUACUCCUUUUGUCUCUCUCCCUCUCCUGCAUGCCGCUUCCCACAACAAGCCCUGCCCCAUCAAGGAGGGCAGUUGUUGGUGUUGCUCGACCACCGAGUAAUGAGCACUUCACUUGCGGUUCACUCUGCAGUCUGCAUGGUCAGACGCAACAAGAUGUUGUUGACAACAGUGCUUUCAAAGCGUUCUAUAAUUACACUAUUAGUUUGUGUAUCUUACUGUCUUCAAACUGCUAGUUUGUCUUUUCUUAGCAAGUUGUGGAUGAAAAUAAAUCGUGUUAGCCGCUAAUCGCUAGUUAGAGCAAACCUAGCUAGCUAAUACAACCUGAUAUCAAUGCUGUACUCCCUUUAGUCACAACCUAAGCUACCGGUUUCCACUAGUUAACACAGCCACAAAGUCGACAUGGCUAUAUCGUAAAGUUUCAUGAAAUAAAGGAUGAACUUUUUGCUCUUAAUUUAAGGUUAGGCACAAGGUUAGCAGUGUGGUUAGGUUUAAAAUAAAAUGUUAAGUAAAUUCAGUGUAGAAAUAGGUGGGGUUUAUGACCCAAGCUAGCAACAUGAAGAAGGGGAAUGUAACACCGUAUAGGGUCCCCUGGGAAACGGCGACCAACACUUAGGUUUAUACCCUGUCACAUUUCCUCCAUGGAAAAUUAUUUUGGGUUGAAGUUGGAUUGAACAGUAUAAAACAAUCAGAAUGGAGAAAGCCCCAUGUAAAUCACUUAUAAUUAAUGUGUUGCCAGAUUUAUGUUUAGAACAUAAAUACCGUAAAAAAUGUGGAAAAUAUUGUGAUAUGAUAUUUGGGGCAUAUCGCCCAGCCCUAGUGUUAUCACUGUACUUCAUCUAAUAGUAUAACCAAAUGACCUGGAUUGCAGUUGAGAUUACAUUAAAAGUACAACUGAUCACAUUCUAGAUUCUGCUCAGAUUAUUACAGCAAUUGUGAACAUUACAUUUUAGUCAUUUAGCAGACGCUCUUAUCCAUUUUCUUUUCUCCAUACAUCUCUACAGAUGCAUGCUAUCUUGAACAUUCACGCUUUAUGUGAUUACAUAAAAAUUAAUGUAUAGUUAGCCAUAGGCCUGAGCAAUGGAGCAAACAGAGCAGCUGCACCCCCACUUUCAAAAUAGGGGUGCAAACGUAUGUUUUUGCACCCCCACUUUUUUACUAGAAAAUGAUCAUGGUCCAUUGGGUAAUUUGCCAUGUUUUGAGCUAGUCUGUAUUUAAAUAGAUAUGUCUAUUUUAUAUAUGAUAUAAAAAUUAACAGAUUGUAUUUUGAACCCCCUCCCCCCGUUGCCUCAAGAUGAAUGGUUUUGACCACUCUUAUUGUUCAGUGCUGUUAGAAAGCACUAGUUGCACAACUGGUGUUUUAAAAUGGAAAGCCACCUGCAAAAUAAUUGUUUUAUCUAUUUUGUUGUGCUGUUACAUUUGUGUCGUUGUUUCAUGUCUGAUGGUGUUGGUCCAAUGGUGUUCUUACAUAUCAUUUGAGCUGCGUGCACCAUAAGGGAAUUCAUUAUAAUUUGACUUUGCUUGUAAGAACCAUGAUGCGCAAGGGCAUGUCUGAUUAGGCUUUGCUGUAGCGCAGACUCUGAGUAGCCUUCCAUCAGCCUACCAAAGGUUGCACCUUAGCAAACAACUGCAUGUCCGGUAGCUCGCGGGCUGUCAAUGAGUAGCUCGCAAGUAGAUAGUGAGAAAUAAUCAGUAGGCCUAAUGUUACAUGAUUAAAUGUAAAAAUAAAUAAAAAUAAUAAUAAUAAUCCUCCCCAUGCUGUUUAUAGGCAGUUAACACCAUUAUGCAUUUUUGCCAUCUAUUUUCUAGUGAUGGGGGGGGGGACUCGAUACAGUUACAUAUUGGGAUAUUAUUUUUGAUGAUACAGUGCAUUCGGAAAGUAUUCAGACCCUUUGACUUUUUCCACAUGUUAUUACUUUUACAGACUUAUUCUAAAAUGGAUUAAGAAGAAAAUUCUCAUCUUUCUACACACUUUACCCCAUAAUAACAAAGUAAAAACAGGUUUUUACAAUUUUUUGCUAAUUUAUAAAACAUUUAAAACGGAAAUAUCACAUUUACAUAAGUAUUCAGACCCUUUGCUGAGUACUUUGUUGAAGCACCUUUGACAGCGAUUACAGCCUCGAGACUUCUUGGGUAUGACGCUACAAGCUUCUCUGCAGAUCCUCUCAAGCUCUGUCAGGUUUGAUGGGGAGCGUCGCUGCACAGCUAUUUUCAGGUUUCUCCAGAGAUAUUCGAUCGGGUUCAUGUCCGAGCUCUGGCUGGGCCACUCAAGGACAUUCAGAGACUUGUCCCGAAGCCACUCCUCCGUUGUCUUGGCUGUGUGCUUAGGGUCGUUGUCGUGUUGGAAGGUGAACCUUUGCCCCAGUCUGAGGUCCUGAACACUCUGGAGCAGGUUUUCAUCAAGGGUCUCUCUGUACUUUGCUCCGUUCAUCUUUCCCUCAAUCCUGACUAGUCUCCCAGUCCCUGCCGCUGAAAAACAUCCCCACAGCAUGAUGCUGCCACCACCAUGCUUCACCGUAGGGAUGGUGCCAGGUUUCCUCCAGACGUGACGCUUGGCAUUCAGGCCAAAGAGUUCAAUCUUGGUUUCAUCAGACCAGAGAAUCUUGUUUCUCAUGGUCUGAGAGACUUUAGGUGCCUGUUGGCAAACUCCAAGCGGGCUGUCAUUUACAUUUAAGUCAUUUAGCAGACGCUCUUAUCCAGAGCGACUUACAAAUUGGUGCAUUCAACUUAGGAUAGCCUGUGGGACAACCACCACUGGGGGAGGGGGGGUGUAGAAGGAUUACUGUUAGUCUAUUCCAGGUAUUCCUUAAAGAGGUAGGGUUUCAAGUGUCUCCGGAAGGUGGUCAGUGACUCCGCUGUCCUGGCGUCAUGGGGGAGCUUGUUCCACCAUUGGGGUGCCAGAGCAGCGAAUAGGUUUGACUGGGCUGAGCGGGAACUGUGCUUCCGUAGAGGUAGGGGGGCUAGCAGGCCAGAGGUGGAUGAACGUAGUGCCCUUGUUUGGGUGUAGGGUCUGAUCAGAGCCUGAAGGUAAGGAGGUGCCGUUCCCCUCACAGCUCCGUAGGCAAGCACCAUGGUUUUGUAGUAGAUGCGAGCUUCAACUGUACCUUUUACUGAGGAGUGGCUUCCGUCUGGUCACUCUACCAUAAAGGCCUGAUUGGUGGAGUGCUGCAGAGAUGGUUGUCCUUCUGGAAGGUUCUCCCAUCUCCACAGAAGAACUCUGGAGCUCUGUCAGAGUGACCGUCGGGUUCUUGGUCACCUCCGUAACCAAGGCCCUUCUCCCCCGAUUGCUCAGUUUGGCCGGGCAGCCAACUCUAGGAAGAGUCUUGGUGGUUCCAAUCUUCUUCCAUUGAAGAAUGAUGGAGGCCACUGUGUUCUUGUGAACCCUUCCCCAAUCUGUGCCUCGACACAAUCCUGUCUCGGAGCUCUACGGACAAUUCCUUUGACCUCAUGGCUUGGUUUUUGCUCUGACAUGCACUGUCAACUAUGGGACCUUAUAUAGACAGGUGUGUGCCUUUCCAAAUCAUGUCCAAUUAAUUUAAUUUACCGCAGGUGGACUCCAAUCAAGUUGUACAAUUUCUCUACCUGUUUUCGCUAUGUCAUUAUGGGGUAUUGUGUGUAGAUUGAUGAGGAAAAUUAAAUUAAUUUAAUCAAUUUUAAAAUAAUGCUGUAACGUGAUAAAAUGUGGAAAAAUUAAAAGGGUCUGAAUACUUUCCAUAUGCACUAUAUGUACAUAUCUACCUCAAUUACCUCGUACCCCUGCACAUCAUCUCGGUACUGGUACCCCUUGUAUAUAGAUAGCCAAGUUAUCGUUACUGAUUGUGUGUAUAUAUUAUUACUUUUAUGCGUUUUAUUUUUCUAUUAUUUUUCAAAUUUCUUUCUCUCUGCACUGUUGGGAAGGGCCCGUAAAAAAAUCCAGAAAAUCACAUUGUAGGAUUUUUAAUGAAUUUAUUUGCAAAUUAUGGUGGAAAAUAAGUAUUUUGUCACCUACAAACAAGCAAGAUUUCUGGCUCUCACAGACCUGUAACUUCUUCUUUAAGAGGCUCCUCUGUCCUCCACUCGUUACCUGUAUUAAUGGCACCUGUUUGAACUUGUUAUCAGUAUAAAAGACACCUGUCCACAACCUCAAACAGUCACACUCCAAACUCCACUAUGGCCAAGACCAAAGAGCUAUCAAAGACACCAGAAACAAAAUUGUAGACCUGCACCAGGCUGGGAAGACUGAAUCUGCAAUAGGUAAGCAGCUUGGUUUGAAGAAAUCAACUGUGGGAGCAAUUAUUAGGAAAUGGAAGACAUACAAGACCACUGAUAAUCUCCCUCGAUCUGGGGCUCCACGCAAGAUCUCACCCCGUGGGGUCAAAAUGAUCACAAGAACGGUGAGCAAAAAUCCCAGAACCACACGGGGGGACCUAGUGAAUGACCUGCAGAGAGCUGGGACCAAAGUAACAAAGCCUACCAUCAGUAACACACUACGCCGCCAGGGACUCAAAUCCUGCAGUGCCAGACGUGUCCCCCUGCUUAAGCCAGUACAUGUCCAGGCCCGUCUGAAGUUUGCUAGAGUGCAUUUGGAUGAUCCAGAAGAGGAUUGGGAGAAUGUCAUAUGGUCAGAUGAAACCAAAAUAUAACUUUUUGGUAAAAACUCAACUUUUCGUGUUUGGAGGACAAAGAAUGCUGAGUUGCAUCCAAAGAACACCAUACCUACUGUGAAGCAUGGGGUUGGAAACAUCAUGCUUUGGAGCUGUUUUUCUGCAAAGGGACCAGGACGACUGAUCCGUGUAAAGGAAAGAAUGAAUGGGGCCAUGUAUCAUGAGAUUUUGAGUGAAAACCUCCUUCCAUCAGCAAGGGCAUUGAAGAUGAAACGUGGCUGGGUCUUUCAGCAUGACAAUGAUCCCAAACACACCGCCCGGGCAACGAAGGAGUGGCUUCGUAAGAAGCAUUUCAAGGUCCUGGAGUGGCCUAGCCAGUCUCCAGAUCUCAACCCCAUAGAAAAUCUUUGGAGGGAGUUGAAAGUCCGUGUUGCCCAGCGACAGCCCCAAAACAUCACUGCUCUAGAGGAGAUCUGCAUGGAGGAAUGGGCCAAAAUACCAGCAACAGUGUGUGAAAACCUUGUGAAGACUUACAGAAAACGUUUGACCUGUGUCAUUGCCAACAAAGGGUAUAUAACAAAGUAUUGAGAAACUUUUGUUAUUGACCAAAUACUUAUUUUCCACCAUAAUUUGCAAAUAAAUUCAUGAAAAAUCCUACAAUGUGAUUUUCUGGAGAAAAAAAUUCUUCUCAUUUUGUCUGUCAUAGUUGACGUGUACCUAUGAUGAGAGAGGCCUGUCAUUUUCAUCUUUUUAAGUGGGAGAACUUGCACAAUUGGUGGCUGACUAAAUACUUUUUUCCCCCACUGUACAUUGAGUCAUGAAUGUCAACUAUCUCCUGUUUUCAGCUAUCAGCUGGUGCGCUGUGUUGGAUCAACCACUUGAUGUCACUGCUAAUGGCUAUAAACAUGGAGUGACCAAGAAGGCUCUGGGCACAUCGAAAGCAAGGUAAGAGCCAGGACUUUUAAAAAAACGAAUAGGUUGGUUUUUAGGCACAAAUUGGAAGGAUAUAAUCUGGCCAGUUCCUUUUUCAUGUGUCAACCCAGCAUUAUGCAAAACCUUCUGUGCACCCUAAUUCAAUGCACAGGCUGCCUCUCAUCACAUUGGUAUCUGUAUUGCGUUAAGUCCCCUGAACUUCAGAUUGACGGCUGUCUUUGUCUUUUCAGGUCUCUUAUUUGCAAAGUGGAACUCUUUCAUUCUUUCCUGUCACUGCUGGCUGUCACUGACAAGUCCCACCUCCCUGAAUCUCUAAGGUAAUUGCCCCCUCUGAGAUGGAAGAACAAACGACUGCCGACAUCAUAUUGUAAUUUCUAAAUAUCCUGUUCUCUACCAUUUAUUCUGUUUGAUUAGUGAAUAGCGUGGUGUCCGUAGUCUGUGUAAAGUGCCAAAAAUAUUCUGUAAAUGAAUUUAAGAGGGGUCUCAAUUUCCUGCAUAUGAUUUGAUAAUAGAUCAAAGGUGUGUGUGUGUGUGAGAGUCCAUUAACAACAAAUAACAAAAUAUACAGUCAUACUUUAGAACACAGUAUACAAAAAGGGGUACACAUUUCAACAAAAAUACAUAAGGCUUCACAGGCAUUUAGGGUUCGCUUUGUUUUCCCGUUUCUUUUUACGCAGCAUUUUAAAGUAAUUUAAGUUAAAUUUUUCUUUAGCCCACUUACAUUUAUGUAUAAAAUAUUUACCAAACAUUAAAAAAAUUAAAUCUUUAUGUAUACUUUGUUCUGAUCCAAAUCCUGAUUAUUAAGUAAAAGUAAAAUAUCCUUACCAUCAAGCUGAACCCUAGCACCAGUUGAUCUAAAAAAUAAAUGCUCAAGAUCUGUCCAAAAAAAUCUUAGUGUCAAUACAAUCAUAGAAUAAAGGACAAAACGCACACUUUUCGUCAAUAUCAAUUUAAAAUCUUGGAAGUACCUGGUUAACUAGAUAAAUUAAGUGAAUGAUUUUAAAAGACACUUCAUGGACUUUGUUAGUGUCACAAUACUUUCUAUUUAAAUUCCAUACCGCUGGGGGCCUCCCGAGUGGUGCAGCGGUCACUACAGACCUGGGUUCGAUCCCAGGCUGUGUCACAGCCGGCCGUGACCGGGAGACCCAUGAGGCGGCGCACAAUUGGCCCAGCGUCCCUCCUUGUGGGGGGCAGGGCGCCUGCAAGCUGACUUUGGUCAUCAGCUGGACAGUGUUUCCUCUGACACAUUGGUGCGGCUGGCUUCCGGGUUAAGCGAGCAGUGUGUCAAGAAGCAUUGCGGCUUCAAGAAGCAUUCGGAGGACGCAUGGCUCUCGACCUUCGCCUCUCCCGAAUCAAUAGGGGAGUUGCGGCGAUGGGACAAGACUGUAACUACCAAUUUGGGGAGAAAAAGGGGUAAAAGUACAAAAAAUUAUACAUUCCAUACCGCUUUCCAAUUAAUAUUAAAUGUAGGAUUCCGUAUACUUUUGCAGGAGGGAAAGCAGGCUCGGUACAUAUCUUCCUAAUAUCAUUAUUAGUGUACUUUUGAUCCUAGAUGCACACACCAUGUAAUAAAAUAAAACUUCUUAAUUCCUCUCAUAAACAUAAUUUCCCUGUAUAAGUCUUAUAAGACCUGUAGGUAUUGCAUCAAAAAACGAUGGCAUACUCCUUCACAUCACUGGAAUUCCAUAUUUAUUCAAAAACUCAACAAUUAUAAACCACAUUUUAGAAAUUAGCUGUUCAACCGGACCUUGAUAAACUGUCUUUGAUGUGUUUGAGCAGGGCUUGAUCAAAAGCCUGCACACCCAGUAUCUCUCCAGACUGAGAGUUGACCACGUGUUUUAUACUAUUGCCUAACAGGCAUUCUAAUUUGUGGGGGUUAAGUGCCUUACACAAUGACAGGAGAGGGUACAUGGGAUCAGAGUGCAGCCUCCCAGUGUUGAUACCACAUUACCCUUACUUUUUUCCCUCACUGUACAUAAAAAAGUAUUUGAUCCCCUGCUGAUUUUGUACGUUUGCCCACUGACAAAGACAUGAUCAGUCUAUAAUUUUAAUGGUAGGUUUAUUUGAACAGUGAGAGACAGAAUAACAACAAAAAAAUCCAGAAAAACGCAUGACAAAAAUGUUAUAAAUUGAUUUGCAUUUUAAUGAGGGAAAUAAGUAUUUGACCCCUCUGCAAAACAUGACUUUAAUACUUGGUGGCAAAACCCUUGUUGGCAAUCACAGAGGUCAGACGUUUCUUGUAGUUGGCCACCAGGUUUGCACACAUCUCAGGGAUUUUGUCCCACUCCUCGUUGCAGAUCUUCUCCAAGCCGUUAAGGUUUCGAGCCUGACGUUUGGCAACUCGAACCUUCAGCUCCCUCCACAGAUUUUCUAUGGGAUUAAGGUCUGGAGACUGGCUAGGCCACUCCAGGACCUUAAUGUGCUUCUUCUUGAGCCACUCCUUUGUUGCCUUGACCGUGUGUUUUGGGUCAUUGUCAUGCUGGAAUACCCAUUUUCAAUGCCCUGGCUGAGGGAAGGAGGUUCUCACCCAAAAUUUGACGGUACAUGGCCCCGUCCAUCGUCCCUUUGAUGCGGUGAAGUUGUCCUGUCCCCUUAGCAGAAAAACACCCCCAAAGCAUAAUGUUUCCACCUCCAUGUUUGACGGUGGGGAUGGUGUUCUUCGGGUCAUACACGGCGAGUUGAGUUGAUGCCAAAGAGCUUGAUUUUGGUCUCAUCUGACCACAACACUUUUACCCAGUUCUCCUCUGAAUCAUUCAGAUGUUCAGACGGGCCUGUAUAUGUGCUUUCUUGAGCAGGGGGACCUUGCGGGUGCUGCAGGAUUUCAGUCCUUCACGGCGUAGUGUGUUACCAAUUGUUUUCUUGGUGACUAUGGUCCCAGCUGCCUUGAGAUCAUUGACAAGAUCCUCCCGUGUAGUUCUGGGCUGAUUCCUCACCGUUCUCAUGAUCAUUGCAACUCCACGAGGUAAGAUCUUGCAUGGAGCCACAGUCCGAGGGAGGUUGACAGUUAUUUUGUGUUUCUUCCAUAUGCGAAUAAUUGCACCAACUGUUGUCACCUUCUCAACAAGCUGCUUGGCGAUGGUCUUGUAGCCCAUUCCAGCCUUGUGUAGGUCUACAAUCUUGUCCCUGACAUCCUUGGAGAGCUCUUUGGUCUUGGCCACGGUGGAGAGUUUGGAAUCUGAUUGAUUGAUUGCUUCUGUGGACAGGUGUCUUUUAUACAGGUAACAAGCUGAGAUUAGGAGCACUCCCUUUAAGAGUGUGCUCCUAAUCUCAGCUCGUUACCUGUAUAAAAGACACCUGGGAGCCAGAAAUCUUUCUGAUUUGAGAGGGGGUCAAAUACUUAUUUCCCUCAUUAAAAUGCAAGUCAAUUUAUAACAUUUUUGACAUGCGUUUUUCUGGAUUUUUUUGUUGUUAUUCUGUCUCUCACUGUUCAAAUAAACCUAUAAUUAAAAUUAUAGACUGAUCAUUUCUUUGUCAGUGGGCAAACGUACAAAAUCAGCAGGGGAUCAAAUACUUUUUUCCCUCACUGUAUGUAUAAAAAAUAAGUACCAAUUGUUGGUCAUGCCGCCAAUUGUUAGCCAUUGAAAUUUGGUUAAAAGUCAUGGAGAAGUCAUGGAAAAGUAAUGAAGUUCUAUCUGUCAAUGUGUAUGAACCGGUUUUGACUAGCAGAAGUUACUUUUUGUAGCAGGUUAGGAGAACCUGCGCAGCAUGUUAGAAUUAAUGUGGCAAGUUAGGAGAAUAAGGUUAGGAAAAGGGUUAGGGUUAGCUAAAAUGCUAAAAUUGUCCCUGAUGCGUCUUCAACGUAUCUAGUUACAACCAGGCCUGCCAUGAGAACAGUCUUGGUUUGCACUAAUGCUAUUCUGCACGCAGAGUGGGGGACAGACAGACGAGCAGCUAAUUUGCGAAGGAAGUUAUUUCUGAUUUCUGUGCGUAAACGGGAGUGGACGGGAGUGAUUUUUAUCGGGAGAGUACAGGAAAGUUCCGGGGUUAUAGAACUGUUGCGGGAUCGGGACAGGAAUACAUUUUCACUCCUGUGUCAACCUCUAAUCUACACCCUCUGACUAGUACAGUGUAAAGUCAACGGCUCUCCCACAUCACAUGUCCCUGCAAUAAUUACCUUAAUACCAGUAGACAGCGUUUUUGCUCUGUUAUAAGCAGUCUCACAUAGCCCUUUACACUCGUAACUGUAUACAGGUGGAAAAUUGCAGAUUUGAACAUUGAUAAGCGCCUAAAUUGGAACGCAGUGGCUGUACUGUAACAUGCUAUACACUGCUAUUCACUCUUGACCAUUUCUUCUCCCCUUUCUGGGAUGGCUACAAGGCCCUCCACCGCCCCCCCUUCGGCAAAUCAGAUCACGCUUCCAUUUUGCUCCUCCCCUCCUAUAGGCAGAAACUUAAACAGGAAGUACCUGUGGUAAGGACUGUUCAACGUUGGUCUGACCAAUCGGAAUCUAUGCUUCAAGAUUGUUUUGAUCACGCGGACUGGGAUAUGUUCUGGGUUGCUUCUGAGAAUAGUAUAGACGUAUACACUGGCUGUGACAGAGUUUAUCAGGAGGUGCAUAGAGGAUGUUGUUCCCACUGUGACAAUUAGAACUUAUCCAAACCAAAAACUGUGGAUUGAUGGCAGCAUUCGCGCAAAACUGAAAGUGUGAAAGACCGCAUUUAACCACGGCAAGGUGACUGGGAACAUGGAUAUGUACAAACAAAUCAAAUCAAAUUUUAAUGGUCGCAUACACAUAUUUAGCAGAUGUUAUUGCGGGUGUAGCGAAAUGCUUGUGUUCCUAGCUCCAACAGUGCAGUAGUAUCUAACAAUUCACAACAAUACACACAUCUUAAAGUAAAAUAAUGGAAUUAAGAAAUAUAUAAAUAUUAGGAUGAGCAAUGUCGGAGUGGCGUUGACUAGAAUACAGUAUAUACAUAUGAAAUGAGUAAAACAGUAUAUAAACAUCAUUAAAGUGACCAGUGAUUCCAUGUCUAUGUACAAAGGGCAGCAGCCUCUAAGGUGCAGGGUUGAGUAACUGGGUGGUAGCCGGCUAUUGACAGUGACUAAGUUCAGUUCAGGGCAGGGUACUGGGUGGAGGCCGGCUAGUGAUGGCUAUUUAACAGUCUGAUGACCUUGAAAUAGAAGCUGUCUUUCAGUCUCUCGGUCCCAGCUUUGAUGCACCUGUACUGACCUUGUCUUCUCGCUGAUAGCGGGGUGAACAGGCCGUGGCUUGGGUGGUUGAUGUCCUUGAUGAUCUUUUUGGCCUUCCUGUGACAUCGGGUGCUGUAGUUGUCCUGAAGGGCAGGCAGGGUGCUCCCGGUGAUGUGUUGGGCAGACCGCACCACCCUCUGGAGAGCCCUGUGGUUGCGGGCGGUGCAGUAGCCGUACCAGGCGUUGAUACAGUCCGACAGGAUUCUCUCAAUGGUGCAUCUGUAAAGGUUUGUGAGGGUCUUAGGGGCCAAGCCGAAUGUCUUCAGCCUCCUGAGGUUGAAGAGGCGCUGUUGCGCCUUCUUCACCACACUGUCUGUGUGGGUGGACCAUUUCAGAUUGUCAGUGAUGUGUACGCCGAGGAACGUGAAGCUUUUCACCUUCUCCACUGCGGUCCUGUCAAUGUAGAUGGGGGCAUGCUCCCUCUGCUGUCUCCUGAAGUCCACAAUAAGCUCCUUUGUUUUUGUAACAAGGUGAGUAGGACGGAUCCAGGCGCAGGAGGUGUGAAUCAAAGAAUAGUGUAGGCCUCCUUUAGCUCAGUUGGUAGAGCAUGGUGCAUGCAACACCAGGGUUGUGGGUUCGUUUCCCACGGGGGGCCAGUAUUAAAAAUGUAUGCACUCACUAACUGUAAGUCGCUCUGGAUAAGAGCGUCUGAUAAAAUGACUAAAAUGUAAAAAGAAAAUGGCCAAUACAGCAGUUCGCAGCAAUGCGUAAACCAAAUACAGUGCAACCUUAAAUGCGUACUGGGAAAACAAAACACAGGGGUGAAUAUCCCGGCGAUAAAAGUAACAUAAUGCUCAACACAAGCUAGCGACACCUCCACAUGGAACAAUAACACACAAAGACAUGGGGGAGCAGAGGGAAUAAUUAUACAGAGACUGAUGAGGGGAUAUGUACCAGGUGUGUGUGAAAAACAAGGCAGCUUCGGAGGGAGUUGUGACAGUACCCCCCCCCCCCCCCUUGACGGACAGCUCCAGCAGCGUGCCGACACCGGCCCCGGGGACGGCCAGGAGGACGCGGAGCAGGGUGAUCUGAUCCGGUGGAAGUCCUGCAACAGGGAGGGAUCGAAGACAUCCUUCACCUGGACCCAGCACUACUCCUCCGGACCGUACCUCUCCCACUCCACGAGGUACUGAAGGCCCGACGCCUCGAAUCCAGGAUGGAAUUGAUGGAGUACGCCGGGGCCCCCUCGAUGUCCAGAGGGGGCGGAGGGACCUCCUGCACCUCAGACUCAUGGAUCGGACCAGCCACCACCGGCCUGAGGAGAGACAUAUGAAAUGAGGGGUUAAUAUGAUAAUCAGGAGGGAGCAGCAACCUAUACGUAACCUUGUUCACUCUCCUCAGGACUUUGAACGGCCCCACAAACCGCGGGCCCAGCUUCCGGCAGGGCAGGCAGAGUGGCAGGUUCCGGGUCGAGAGCCAGACCCGAUCACCCGGUACAAAGUCCUCACUGCGUUGGCGUUCAGCGUUGGAUGUGGACGUGGGCAGCGUUCCACGUCUCCUCCGGGCGCCGAAACCAGCCGUCCACCGCAGGAGCUUCGGUCUGGCUCUGAUUCCACGGUGCCAGGACCGGCUGCUACCCUAAAACACAUUGAAAUGGUGACGUGUUAGUGGAGGAGUGGCGGAGAGAGUUCUGGGCAUAUUUGGCCCAUGGCAAGAACACCGACCACUCCCCCGGCCGGUCCUGGCAGUAGGACCGCAGAAACCUACCCACAUCCUGAUUCACCCGUUCCACCUGCCCAUUAGAUUCGGGGUGACACCCAGAGGUCAGGCUGACCAAGACCCCAGACGUUCCAUGAACGCCUUCCAGACCCUAGACGUAAACUGGGGACCCCGGUCAGACACUAUGUUCUCUGGCACCCCGUAGUGCCGGAAGAUGUGAGUAAAAAGGGCUUCCGCAGUUUGCAGGGCCGUGGGGAGACCGGGCAGAGGAAGGAGGUGGCAGGCAUUAGAAAAGCGGUCCACAACAACCAGGAUGUUGGUGUUACCCUGAGAGAGGGGAAGAUCAGUUCGAAAAUCAAUCGAUAAGUGGGACCAUGGUCGUUGUGGAACUGGUAAGGGAUGUAACUUAGCCACUGGAAGGUACCUAGGUGCCUUACUCUGGGCGCACACCGAGCAGGAUGAGACAUACACCCUCAUGUCCUUAGCCAAGGUAGGCCACCAGUACUUCCCGGUAAGGCAGCGCACUGUACUGCCGAUGCCUGGGUGACCAGAGGAGGGGGACGUGUGUGCCCAAUAGAUAAGACGAUCACGGACACUAGACGACACGGACCGAAGUCCAGCUGGGCACUGAGGUGGAGAUGGAUCUGUGUGUCCACGUCCACCGCCCACACCACCGGCGCCACAAUGCAGGAGGACGGGAGUAUCGGGGUAUUAUCAAUGGGCCUCUCCUCUGUGUCGUACAGCCGUGACAGUGCGUCUGCCUUCAUGUUCUUAGUGCCUGGUAUAUAGAACAGCGUGAAAUCAAACUGGUUGAAGAACAAGGCCCACCUGGCCUGGCGAGGGUUCAGCCUCCUCGCUGCCCAGAUGUACUCCAGGUUACGGUGGUCAGUCCAGACGAGGAAAGGGUGUUUAGCCCCUCGAGCCAGUGCCUCCAUGCUGUCAGGGCUCUGACAACAGCCAACAGCUCCCGAUCACCAACGUCAUAGUUCUGGUCCACCGGGCUGAGCUUCUUAGAGAAGAAGGCACAGGGGCGGAGCUUGGUUGGCGUGCCCGAGCAUUGGGAUAGGACAGCGCCUACCCCUACCUCGGACGCGUCCACCUCCACUACGAACGGCAAUGAGGGAUCGUGGUAUCCGAGGAAAGAGACGGAUUGUUGGAAAAACAGACACUUUUCUGCCUUGGGAUACAGGUCAUGCUCCAACAGUCACCCAAGCACUCUGCGAACAAGGGACACAUGCUCGGCACGCGUAGCGGAAUACACCAGGAUGUAAUCGAUGUAAACCACCACACCGCGACCAAGCAUGUCCCGAAACACCUCGUUCACAAAGGACUGGAAGACUGAUGGAGCAUUCAUCAACCCGUACGGCAUCACCAGGUUUUCAUAAUGCCCUGUGGUGGUGCUAAAUGCUGUCUUCCAUUCGUCCCCUUCCCGGACACGCACCAGGUUGUACGCACUCCUGAGAUCUAAUUUCGUGAAGAAGCACGCCCCAUGCAUUGAUUCGGUCACGAGGAAAUGAUGGGUAGAGCAUAACUAUAGCGAAUUGUAAUUCUAUUAAGUGCACGGUGAUCAAUGCAAGGGCGCAGACCCCCUGACAACAGGGACUCGGAGACGUAUGUUUCCAUAGCCUCCGUUUCAGCCUGCGACGGGAUAUACAUGACUCCUGGGCGGCACAGCAUCUAACCUGAGGUUUAUCGUGCAAUUCCCCAAGCAAUGGGGUGGUAAUUUGGUCGCCUGCGUUUUGGAAAAGGCGUGCGCCAAAUCGAGGCAUUGUCUGGACUUUCCACCGUGGUCGCACCAACGGAAACAGCUAGACACCUACCCUGACACUCUCGCGACCAACCCGUGAGAGCCCUCUGCGGCCAUGAAAAGGUGAGGUUGUGUAGUGCUAGCCAGGGAAGGCCCAACACAACAGGGAAAUCAAGGGACUCAAUAAUAUGAAAUGUGAUUUGCUCAUUAUGGAUCUCCUGCGUAAUCAUAGUGACUGGUGCGGUAACCUCCCUAACAAAACCUGACCCUAGUGGUCAAUUGUCAAGUGCUUUGAUGGGCAACGGAAUAGACAGGGGAACACAUGUAAUACGUAGACUAAGAGCUAAAGACCUGUCCAUAAAGUUCCCAGCUGCACCUGAAUCUUCCAGCGCCUUACACUGGGGAACUACCGUGUAAUCAGGGAAGUUGAUGUGGAUGGUUAAAUGCGCAGCAGAGGGCUCUGAACAAGUGUGGGUUUGUGCUACCUGGGGUGACGCGAGAGUGCCCUGCCUGCUGCCUCCAGAACCAGAAGAACUCUGACGACAUCGUGCAGCAGAAUGUCCUCUUCUGCCACAAGAGUGACACUGGAUCAGUCGUCCUCCGUUCUCCCGGAACGCUGCACCACCCAGCUCCAUUGGAAUGGGAGCCGGGGUGAGGGGGGGUGAAACGGGCAGGCCCCUUCCAGGAUGUCCUCACGAAGCAAGCAGGUUGUCCAACCGAAUGGCCGUGUCCACCAGUUGGUCGAAGGUCAGAAUGGUAUCCCGGCAGGCUAGCUCCGUUCGGGUGUUCUCACGCAGGCUGCAUCGGAAAUGGUCGAUGAGGGACCGCUCGUUCCACCCGGACCCAGCCGCUAGGGUUCUAAACUCCAGGGUAAAGUCUUGCGAGGUCCUUGUCCCCUGCCUCAGAUGGAACGAACUCUCCGUAGCUGUCCAACAUGUCUCCUCCUUCACUCCAGAUCACAUUGGCCCAUACCAGGGCUUUCCCCGAGAGGCAGGAGAUGAGGGCGGACACCUUCUCCCGAUCCGAUUGAGCAGGGCUGAUGGUGUUGAAGUAGAGGUCCAGCUGCAGGAGGAAACCCUGGCAGCGGGCAGCUGUCCCGUCGUAUUCCCUCGGUAGAGACAGUUGAAUACCCCUGGUUGCUGGUGUGUGGGUGGCUGGAUCCGGUCGCUCAGCUGGUUCUGCAGGGUCGGAUCCUCUCUUCUCCAGGCGCUGGACGGCCUGGAGACCCCGAUCCAUCUCUUUGCCCAAGCUGGCUAACAUGGUGGAAUGCUCCCGGACCCGCUCAAUGACUCCAGGCAUAUUCCCCGCUCCUGCUGACUCCAUGCUGUUUGGGUGUGUUAUUCUGUAACAAGGUGAGUAGGACGGAGCCAGGCGCAGGAGGUGUGAAUCAUAGAAUAGGGUUUAUUAGCCAAUACAGCAGUCCGCAGCAAUGCGUAAACCAAAUACAGUGCGACUUAAAUGCGUACUGGGAAAAAAAAACACACGGGUGAAUAUCCCGCCGAUAAAAGUAACAAUGCUCAACACGAGCUAGCGACACCUCCACAUGGAACAAUAACACUCAAAGGCAUGGGGGAGCAGAGGGAAUAAUUAUACAGAGACUGAUGAGGGGAUAUGUACCAGGUGUGUGUGAAAAACAAGACUAAACAAAUGGAAUGAUGAAAAGAGGAGCGGCAGUGGCUAGAAGGCCGGUGACGACGAACGCCGAAGCAUGCCCAAACAAGGAGAUUAGGCAGCUUCGGAGGGAGUCGUGACAGUUUUUUUUACGUUGAAGGUGAGGUUAUUUUCCUGGCACCACUCCGCCAGGGCCCUCACCUCCCUGUAGACUGUCUCGUCAUUGUUGGUAAUCAAGCCUACUACUGUUGUGUCGUCUGCAAACUUCAUGAUUGAGUUGGAAGUGUGCGUGACCAUGCAGUCAUGGGUGAACAGGGAGUACAGGAGGGGGCUGAGCACGCACCCUUGUGGGGCCCCUGUGUUGAGGAUCAGCGUAGUGGAGGUGUUGUUUCCUACCUUCACCGCCUGUCAAGAAGUCCAGGACCAGUUACACAGGGCGAGGUUCAGACCCAGGGCCCUGAGCUUAAUGAUGAGCUUGGAGGGUACAAUGGUGUUGAAGGCUGAGCUGUAGUCAAUUAACCGCAUUCUUACAUAGUUAUUCCUCUUGUCCAGAUUGGAUAGGGCAGGCAGUGUGAUGUCGAUUGCGUCAUUCAUGGAAUGCAUUGUCUGUGGAUCUAUUGGGGCGGUAUGCAUAUUGAAGUGGGUCUAGGGUGUCAGGUAAGGUGGAGGUGAUAUGAUCCUUAACUAGCCUCUCAAAGCACUUCAUGAUGACCGAAGUGAGUGCUACGGGGCAAUAGUAAUUUAGUUCAGUUACCUUUGCUUUCUUGGGUACAAGAACAAUGGUGGACAUCUUGAAGCAAGUGGGGACAGCAGACUGGUUUUGGUAGAAAUUGAAUAUGUCCGUAAACACUCCAGCAGCUGGUCUGCGCAUGCUCUGAGGACGUGGCUUGGUAUGCCAUCUGGGCCGGCAGCCUUACUAGGGUUAACACGCUUAAAUGUCUUACUCACUUCGGCCACGGAGAACGAGAGCCCACAGUCCUCGGGAUCGGGCCGCAUCGGUGGCACUAUGUUAUCCUCAAAGUGGGCGAAGAAGGUGUUUAGCUUGUCCGGGAGCAAGACGUCGGUAUCCGCGACAUGGCUGGUUUUCCCUUUGUAAUCCGUGAUUGUCUGGAGUCCAUGCCACAUACGUCUUGUGUCUGAGCCGUUGAAUUGCGACUCCACUUUGUCUCUGUACUGACAUUUUUCUUGUUUGAUUGCUUUACUGAGGGCAUAACUGCACUGUUUGUAUUCGGCCAUAUUCCCAGUCACCUUGCCGUGGUUAAAUGUGGUGGUUCGCGCUUUCAGUUUUGCACGAAUGCUGCCAUCUAUCCACGGUUUUUGGUUUGGGUAGGUUUUAAUAGUCACAGUGGGCACAACAUCACCUAUACACUCUCUGAUGAACUUAGACACUGUGUCAGUGUAUACAUUUAAUGUUAUUCUCAGAGGUAACCCGGAACAUAUCCCAGUCUGCGUGAUCAAAACAAUCUUGAAGCAUGGAUUCCGAUUGGUCGGAUCAGCGUUGAAUAGGCCUUAGCACGGGUACUUCCUGUUUUUAGUUUCUGCCUAUAGGAAGGGGGAGCAGAAUGGAGUCUUUAUCUGAUUUGCCGAAGGGAGGGCAGGGGAGGGCCGUGUAGUUAUCACGGAAGGGAGAGUAACAAUGGUCGAGUGUUUUUGAAGUACGAGUACUACAGGCAAUGUGUUGAUAUAACUUCGGUAGCAUUCUCCUCAAAUUGGCUUUGUUAAGGUCCCCUCCUACAAUAUAUGUGGCCUCAGGAUAUGUGGUUUCCAGUUUGUCCAGUGUAGUUCCUUGAGGGCCAUCUAGGUAUCGGCUUGAGGGGGAAUAUACACGGCUGUGACUAUAACCGAAGAUAAUUAUCUUGGGAGGUAAUACUGAAACAUACACCUCUGCCUUUCUUCUUCCCGGAGAGUUCUUUAUUCCUGUCUGCGCGAUGUACUGAGAACCCAGCUGGCUGUAUGGACGGGGACAGUAUAUCCGGAGAGAGCCAUGAUUCUGUGAAACAGAGUAUGUUACAGUCCCUGAUGUCUCUCUGGAAGGAAAUCGCCCUGAGCUCGUCUCCUUUAUUGUCCAGGGACUGAACAUUAGCAAGUAAUAUACUCGGAAGCAGUGGAUGGUGUGCACGCCUCCUGAGUCUAGAAGUCCACUCCGAAUACCUCUUCUCCGCCGGCGGCGUCUUGGAGCAGCCUCUGGGAUAAGUUAAAUUGCCUUGGGGGGUACAAACAACAGACCAGCUAUGCCCUUCGUAAGGCAAUCAAACAGGCAAAACGACAAAGUGGACUCUCAAUUCAAUGGCUCAGACACAAGACGUAUGUGGCAGGGAAUCCAGACAAUCUCGUAUUAUAAAGGGAAAGCCAGCAACAUCGGAUACCGACGCCUUGCUCCCGGACAAGCUAAACACCUUCUUCGCCUGCUUCGAGGCCACCGCCACUGAUGUGAACUCUCCUUGGCCGACGUGAGAAAGACAUUUAAGCGGGUUAACCCUCGCAAGGCUGCCGGCCCAGAUGGCAUCCCAUGCCGCGUCCUCAGGGCCUGUGCAGACCAGUUGGCUGGAGUGUUUACGGACAUAUUCAAUCUCUCACUAUCCCAGUCUGUUGUCCCCACUUGCUUCAAUAUGUCCACCAUUGUUCCUGUACCUAAGAAAGCGAGGGUAACUGAACUAAAUGACUGUCGCCCUAUAGCACUCACUCUUGUCAUCAUAAAGUGCUUUGAGAGGCUAGUUAAGGAUCAUACUGUAUCACCUUACCCGACACCCUAGACCCACUACAAUUUGCAUACCGCUCCAACAGAUCCAUGAAAGACGCAAUCGACAUCGCUCUGCACACUGCCUGCCAUAUCACAUUUGGACAAGAGAAAUACCUAAGACCCUCACAAAUUUCUACAGUUGCACUAUUGAGAUCAUCCUGUUGGGCUGCAUCACCGCCUGGUACGGUAAUUGCACCGUCCGCAAACGCAGGGCUCUCCAGAGGGUGGUGUGGUCAGCCCAACUCAUCACUGUGGGCACACUGCCUGCCUCCAGGACAUCUACAGCACCCGGGGUAACAGGAAGGCCAAGAAGAUCAUCAAGGACCUCAGCCACCCGAGACACAGCCUGUUCACCCCGCUACCAUCUAGAAGGCAGAGACAGUACAGGUGCAUCAAAGCAGGGACCCGAGAGACUGAAAAACAGCUUCCAACUCCAGGCCAUCAGACUGUUAAAUAGUCACCACUAGCCGGACUCCACCCAGUCCCCUGCCCUGAAUUUAGUCACUGUUACUAGCCGACUACCACCCGGUACUCUACAGUGCACCUUAUUCUUUUAAAGAUUGAUCAAGCUCGGUCAAGUUGUUUUUUUAUCAUUGCUAUACAGCCAUUUUCAAGUCUUGCCUUAGAUUUUCAAUCAGAUUUUAGUCAAAACUGUAACUAGGCCACUCAGGAACAUUCAAUGUAGUCUUGGUAAGCAACUCCAGUGUAUAUUUGGCCUUGUGUUUUAGGUUAUUGUCCUGCUGAAAGGUGUAUUUGUCUCCCAGUGUCUGUUGGAAAGCAGACUGAACCAGGUUUUUCUCUAGGAUUUUGCCUGUGCUUAGCUCUAUCUUCUUUUUAUAAAAAAAAACAUGAUGCAGCCACCACCAUGCUUGAAAAUAAGAAGAGUGGUACUCAGUGACGUGUUGGAUUUGCCCCAAAUUUAACGCUUUGUAUUCAAGACUUAAAGUAAAUUUCUUUGUCGCAUUUUUGGCAGUUUGACUUUAGUGCCUUAUUGCAAACAGGAUGCAUGUUUUGGAAUAUUAUUAUUCUGUACAGGCUUCCUUCUUUUCACUCUGUCAUUUAGGUUAGUAUUGUGGAGUAACUACAAUGUUGUUGAUCCAUCCUCAGUUUUUUCCUAUCACAGCCAUUAAACUCUGUAACUGUUUUAAAGUCACCAUUGGCCUCAUUGCUUUAUCUUGGCCAGGUCGCAGUUGUAAAUGAGAACUUGUUCUCAACUGGCUUACCUGGUUAAAUAAAGGUGGAGAAAAAAAAAUAAAAAAAAUGGUGAAAGCCCUGAGCGGUUUCCUUCCUCUCUGGCAACUGAGUUAGGAAGGACGCCUGUAUCUUUGUAGUGACUGGGUGUAUUCAUACACCAUCCAAAGUGUAAUUAAUAACUUCACCAUGCUCAAAGGAAUAUUCAAUGUCUGCUUUAUUUUUUACCCAUCUACCAAUAGGCGCCCUUCUUUGCAAGGCAUUGGAAAACCUCCCUGGUCUUUGUGGUUGAAUCAUUGUUUGAAAUUCACUGCUCGACUGUUGGACCUUACAAUUAUCUGUAUGUGUGGGGUACAGAGAUAUGAGGUAGUCAUUCAAAAAUCAUUUUCACCACAAUUAUUUCACAAAGAGUGAGUCCAUACAACUUAUGUGACUUGUUAAGCACAUUUUUACUCCUGGAAAGGGGUUGACUACUUAUUGACCAAAGACAUUUCAGCUUUUAAAAAAUUCAAAAAACAUAAUUCCACUUUGACAUUAUGGGGUAUUGUGUGUUACGGCCAGUGAGACAAAAUCAGAAUGUAAUCAAUUUUAAAUUCAUCAGAUAGUAUGUCGCGUGGGAGUGACACGAUCUGACGUAAGACAAUGCCCACAGAGGACAGGAAUCCUUGGGACAUGUUUCCACACCCUGGAAAUACAUAUUUAAUUUCCUCAGUAGCAUGACAAGGGUUAAUUCCAUAGAAAUAGAAUGACUCAUUCUUAUUCUAUAGUUCAUUCAUCUAAUGUCUUGUGAUUUAAGAGGUUAAUAUGUCAUGGUAACUGCCGUUGAGUUUCUGUGUUUGUUGUUUGUGUCUGUAGGGGAAAGGAGCUCCAGACGUACUGGGACUACAAGCAGGUGGCUCAGUCGUACCAGCAGGCCUCGCUGCAGCUGCGCUCACAGGCCUUCCCACUGUGGCUCCGCAGUGAUCGUGGCCUGCUGCAGUUUCACUGA